CCGAAAAAUUACAAAAAAAGGGCACAGCUAAGGAUGAAGAAGAAAAAAGGUUGAAUAAAAAUGAAUAUAUGAGAAUGUGGUGUCAAAAUAAUAGGGGAAAAAGGCGAGAGUCUAAUAGAAAAUAUAACCAAAAUAAGAAAGAAAAAUUGACAGAGUACCGGCAAAACAAUAAAGAAAAGAAGCGAGAAUAUAAUAGAAACUACAACCUAAAUAAUAAGGAAAAGAGAAAAGAAUGGAAUCGAAAAUAUCGUCAAAAUAAUAAGGAAAAGAAUCGAGAAUAUCUCCGAGAAUACCGCUCAAAUAAUAAAGAAAAAAUGCAAGUAUAUAGUCGAGAAUAUCGAGAAAAAAACAAAGAAAAACUGAAAGAAUACGAUCGAAACUACCACAGAAAUAAUAAAGGAAAAAAGCUCGAAUAUCGUCGAAAAUACCGAGAAAAUAAUAGAGAAAAGGAGCGAGAAUGGAAUCGAAAAUACCGAGAAAAUAGGAAAAGUAAAAAAGCAAAUUUACAAAAUGUUGAUCCAGAAGAAAGAAAUGUUCAUUCUGAUAAUGGAGGAAAAAAUGAUUCUCAAGAAGAAAAUCUUCCUGAUCAAGGAGAGGAAGAAUGUGACGAAAACGAAACAGAAACUUAUACGAACGAGCAAAACGAAACUGUGGUAGAAAAGUCAAACAGAAUUCCUGAGAAUUGCAUGAAUCAGAUAGAUUUGAAUGAGAAAUAUUAUCCGUUUGAUCUGAACGAGGAACCUGAGAACGAAGAUGUUUAUUAA